GCAUGCUAUGGUUGUUCGGAGAUUCUUCGAAUUCACGUUCUUAAAGUCAUAUGAUUCACAGCAAAUAUAGCAACAAAUAUCUCAAUUGGUAUUUUCCAAAGCCACGAAACGUGCAUUGAGUUUGGAGCGAUAUCUGAAGUGAAGAUUGAAGACGUGAUAGAAGAUGGACGACUACUGCUAUGCUAAGAUGGCGACGUCCGCUAAAAGAGAACAUGAAAGAGAAUCAGCGCCACCAACUUCCAGCAAAUCACCAACGGAGAUAAAGACGAAAGAUGAAGACGUCCAGCAGCUGAUCGGUAAUCCAGAAGAAGUUUCCCCUCAGUUAGGGGGGAGCUCCACUUUGAAGCAGGAGACUCCACAACCACCCUGCAUUAAAAAGGAAGAGGAGGAACUCUGCAUCACUCAGGAGGGAGAGUGUCUUCUAGGACGAGAGGAAGCUGAUUACACCAAGUUUCCACUGAGUAUUCUCUCUGUGAAGACUGAAGAUGAUGAAGAGAAACCACAAGUAGACAACCUCUUAGCUCCACUAUCAGAUAGUGAGGCUGAAGACGAGGUUGAAGAACCUUUGAGCAGCGAUAAAGACUGUGAAGACGUCCAGCAGCUGAUCGGUAAUCCAGAAGAAGUUUCCCCUCAGUUAGGGGGGAGCUCCACUUUGAAGCAGGAGACUCCACAACCACCCUGCAUUAAAAAGGAAGAGGAGGAACUCUGCAUCACUCAGGAGGGAGAGUGUCUUCUAGGACGAGAGGAAGCUGAUUACACCAAGUUUCCACUGAGUAUUCUCUCUGUGAAGACUGAAGAUGAUGAAGAGAAACCACAAGUAGACAACCUCUUAGCUCUAUCAGAUAGUGAGGCUGAAGACGAGGUUGAAGAACCUUUGAGCAGCGAUACAGACUGUGAAGGUGAUAUGAGGACUCACACUGACAACAAACACUCUGAAUGCUCUACAAAGAAGAGAGGUAAAACAUGUUUGAGCUGCUCAGUUUGUGGUCAAAGUUUUACUACAAAGACCAAUUUGACUCGACACAUGAGAACACACACCGGUGAAAAACCUUUUAAUUGUUCAGUGUGUGGCAAAAGCUUUUCUCAAAAUAGCCAUUUGACUCAACACAUGAGAACACACACAGGUGAAAAAACCUUUAAUUGUUCAGUUUGUGGCAAAAGCUUUUCUCAAAAUGGCUCUUUGACUCAACACAUGAGAACACACACAGGUGAAAAAACCUUUAAUUGUUCAGUUUGUGGCAAAAGCUUUUCUCGAAGUGGCUCUUUGACUCGACACAUGACAACACACACAGGUGAAAAACCAUUUAGUUGUUCAGUGUGCUGUAAAAGGUUCACACAUAAUGCAGACGCAGUAAAACACAUAAGAACACACAAGGGAAAAUAACAAAUUAGCUGUUUAGUUUGUGGUAUGUUGCUCAUAUGUGGUGACAUCCACCCUACCCAGGACCUCCUCACUGCUUCUUUCACAAAUAUCUGAGGUAUUCAUACAAACUUGGAUUAUUUGGAGCAUAAUCUUAUCCACUCAUGACCCCAUGUCUUCUCUGUAUCUGAAACAUUGCUGAACAGUAAGAUAGAUGAUGCUUCAAGUGCUUGGUUACUCCUUCUUCAGUCCUGGGGCCUCAUGUGUCAAGUUUGUGCACGCUCAAAAACCUGCACUACACCCUUUUUCACUGCAAAGUUGAGAUGUAUCAAAACUGACGUUGACGCAUAAGUGAUGCCGGGUAACUGUUUGCAUAACAAACUGCUAACUUUUACUCCUCAGACUGGUUGAUGUGCAAAUCAGAGACUUAUGAACAAUUAACCCCCAACACCCACAACCCAACCCCCACCUCCCUCGACAUUCGGGCAUAACAGGUUCAAUCCGGCCCGCGAGAUGAGUUUGCGAAGUGUAAAAUUCAGCUGUAUUUUUAAUGAAAGAAACUGCUGUUCUAAAUGUGUCCACUGGAUGUCACAAUAGCAAUUCUGUUAGGCAAGCAAAUAGCAUAGCAAGUAUACCAAGCAAGAGGUAGACGGUAAAGCGGGGCUGUGACUCCUCCCCCUCCACCCAACGUAAAACAGGAGUAAAAUAAGCAAUCAGUAACCCCACUUAAAAUGCAGCAUGAGACACUGCACACUGAUAUAGUUCUGUGAAAAUGAUUGUCUUCUGUGCAAAUGUAAAGAAAGUGAACAGUGUGUGAUUUACUGCAAUACUGUCAGUCUUUUCACUUUUUAUUUGUGCUUUGUUGAAAUUGUUCACACAUUGCACAGCUUUUAUUUUUCUA